AAUUUGGCCUUUCUCAGAGCACAUCUCCUCCACCCCCCAGACCUCUCCCACACCCACGCGCAGGCGCUCCAGCCCCCCCCGCCCUCCAAUGGCCGCCGCUGCCGCCCCCCGCCGCUGCUCCCAGCCCUAACCCUAGCCGCAGCCUGUCUCCACAGCCCGCAUCCAUGGCCGCGCUCCACGUUUUCCUGCUUCUGCUGGUGCUUGGCGGCGGCGGCGCCAGGGGCGACGACGUGUCCGCGCUGCUCGAGUUCAAGAAGGGCAUCUCGGACCGGCGGCGCGACCCGGUGCUGGGAUCCUGGUCGCGGCCGGACGCGCCCGAGGCCGGCGCCGGCGGGGGCGCGUGCCCGGCCCGCUGGCGCGGCGUGGUGUGCGACGGCGGCGCCGUCGUCGCCGUCGCGCUCGACGGCCUCGGCCUCGCCGGGGAGCUCAAGGUGGGCACGCUCGCCGGCAUGCGCGGCCUGCAGAACCUCUCCCUCGCCGGCAACGCCUUCUCCGGCCGCCUGCCCCCCGCCAUCGGCUACCUCUCCUCGCUGCGCCACCUCGACCUCUCCGGCAACCGCUUCUACGGGCCCAUCCCGGGCCGCCUCGCCGACCUCUCCGGCCUCGUCCACCUCAACCUCUCCUACAACAACUUCACCUCCGGCUUCCCCACCGAUGGGAUCCGGGAGCUGCAGAACCUGCGCCGCAUCGACCUCCGCCGCAACUCCUUCUGGGGCAAUGUCAGCGAUCUGCUCGCCGAGCUCCGCAACGCCGAGCACAUUGAUCUCAGCGACAACCAGUUCACCGGGGCCGUCGAUUUGGAGCUCGCCAGCCUGACCAGCAUCGGGAACACGGCCAGGUACAUGAACCUCAGCCACAACAGGCUGGCCGGCGGCUUCUUCAGGAGCGAGACGGUGGGGGCGUUCAAGAACCUGGAGGUCCUUGAUUUGAGCAACACCGGGAUUGCUGGGAUGGUUCCGAGGCUCGAUUCGUGGUUCUCGCUCUCCGUCUUCAGGGUGGCUGGUAAUGGCCUCUUUGGGAUGAUGCCUGAGACGCUCCUGCAUAAUUCGAUGCGGCUUCUCGAGGUCGAUCUCAGCCGGAAUGGCUUCUCAGGAUCAAUGCCAGUUGUGAACUCUACGACUUUGAAAAUGUUGAAUCUCUCUUCAAAUGUGCUAUCAGGUUCAUUACCAGCCACUGUUGGCAAGUGUGUCUCAGUUGAUCUGAGUGGGAACCUGCUUUCUGGGGAAUUAGCUAUUUUGCGUUCUUGGGAUGGCAUAGUGGAGGUGAUUGACUUGAGUUCAAACAAGCUGGAGGGGAGCUACCCGAAUGAUGCCCCUCAGUUUCAGAACUUAGUUACCCUGAAGUUGCGGAACAAUUCGUUGAAGGGAUCUGUCCCUUCAGUGUUGGGAACCUAUCAAAAGCUAUCUUUCCUUGAUCUCAGUUUGAAUGCACUUGGUGGCCCUGUUUUGCCUGUUUUUAUUCUGUCGCCUACUCUUACAGUGUUGAACCUUUCUGGAAACAACUUCUCUGGGACUAUUCCAUUUCAGAGCCCUCAUUCAACAGAGUCCAUAAUGCUAUCUUCUCAACCUUCUCUCAAGAUUGUUGAUUUGUCCAGCAAUUCUUUAUCUGGUCAGUUGCCACCAGAAAUUUCUAACCUGCAAAGACUUGAGUCCCUUACUCUUGCGAUGAACGAGUUGUCUGGCGAGAUACCAGAUGAGAUAAACAAGCUUCAAGGAUUGGAGUAUCUUGAUCUAUCUCACAAUCACUUAAGUGGCAGAAUUCCUGAUAUGCCUCAGGCUGAUUUGAAGAUGUUCAAUGUAUCUUACAAUGAUCUACGAGGAACUAUUCCUAAAAGUCUUGAGAAGUUUCCCAUAACUUGCUUUAGACCCGGAAAUGACUUUCUAAUUUUCCCAGAUGGUCUGCCUGCUCCAAACAAUGGCGAUGGUGGACUUGCACAGAGUCGAGCGUCUCAAUCUCAUGGACAUAAGGCUGGUGUUAAAGUUGCAGUCAUCGUUGGCUGCAUUGGAGGUGUCUUGCUCGUGAUCUUCAUAGUAUUGGCAAUCUAUGUGGUAAGGUCUCAAGAGCUUUGUGGAAGAAACGGAUUUAGAGGCCAGAUUACGCUCAGAGAUCUAAAGCUCGGGAAAUUAAGCCGUCCAAAUUUGUUCAAGAAUCAAAAAGAUAAUGUCAUUCCAACGAAGACAAGUUUCUCAAAUGACCAUCUCUUAACAGCUGCAGCUCGAUCAAUGUCUGCUCAGAAAGAGCUAUUGGCUGAGGCUGCUGUUGAAUAUGGAUAUGCUGAUCCAAAGGAAGUCGUCGAAUCUACAAGCUCUGGUGUGACUGAGACCUCAGCUGCAGCAUCUGUUCGGGAGUCUUCUCCUCGGUCUGCGUUGCCAUCAUCACCACAUUUUCUUGAUUCUAGAUUCCAUGAGGAACCUGUGACUUUUGAAGUGUAUUCACCAGACCGGUUGGUUGGAGAGUUGAUUUUCCUAGACAACACCUUAGUUUUCACAGCUGAAGACCUGUCCCGUGCUCCAGCAGAGGUUCUUGGAAGGAGCAGUCAUGGUACAACGUACAAGGCAGCACUACAAAGCGGGCAUGUCCUGACAGUGAAAUGGUUGCGUGUUGGUCUUGUAAAGCAUAAAAAGGAGUUCACUAAGGAGAUAAAAAGGAUUGGCACCAUCAAGCAUCCGAAUAUAAUUUCAUGGAGAGCGUUCUAUUGGGGGCCAAAGGAGCAAGAAAGAUUAAUUAUUUCUGACUAUGUCAAUGGCGAUAGCUUGGCACUAUACCUUUAUGAGUCGACUCCUAGAAGAUACUCGCGCCUGUCAGUCUGUCAACGGCUCAAGAUUGCAAUUGAUCUGGCCCGUUGCCUCCAGUUCCUACACCAUGAGAAGGGCCUGCCUCAUGGCAACCUGAAGCCCACUAAUAUAUUCCUGACCGGUCCUGACCUCUCUCCGAAGCUGGUUGAUUACUGCCUCCAUCGGUUCACGACUCCAAGCGGUAUUGCCGAGCAAAUACUGAACUUAGGAGCAUUGGGGUACCGAGCCCCAGAGCUGGCAAACACGGCCAAGCCCAUGCCGUCGUUCAAGGGCGAUGUGUAUGCGUUUGGCGUGGUCGUCCUGGAGAUGUUGACGCGGAAAAGCGCGGGGGACAUCAUCUCGGGGCAAUCCGGUGCGGUGGACCUGACGGACUGGGUUCAGAUGUGCAACAGGGAAGGGCGGGGGACUGACUGCUUCGACCGGGACAUCGCCGGGUUGGAAGAGUCGCCGAGGGUGAUGGACGAGCUGCUCGCCAUCUCCCUCCGGUGCAUUCUUCCUGUAAAUGAGAGGCCUAACAUGAAGACUGUCUGCGACGAUUUGUGCACCAUAACAGCGUGAGCUUCCCCGCGUUUUUUCUUUCUUUCAUCAGUUCACCAGUGUACAUGUAACCGAUUUUUCUCGUCGUCGUCGUGGUGCAUCCCAAAUCUUUUUUCUGUGGGUUUUCCAGAGCCCUGUAGCCAGGGUUUGUUUGAUUGGUGACUCUUAGUGUAAAAAGAGGAUUUGAUCCCGCCCGUCCAUUGAUUGAUUGAUACCAUUGCCAUCU